GCGGCAUUCCCAGGCUCCCGGGUAGAGAGAGAGAACUUAGUUGGGCUUCUUGGUUGGGCCGCUAUGGACUCCUGCAAGCGCUUCACGGCGGGCGCCGCCGCCUCAAGCCCCAGGAGGGAAGUCACCUUUGCUCCUGAGCCCAAGGCUCUAGGCGCAGAGCCCAUGACGCUGGGCUCCCCGACUUCUCCGAAGCCAGGCGCCGGGGCCCAGUUCCUGCCCGGGUUCCUGAUGGGGGACUUGCCCACCCCUGCCACCCCACAGCCUCGCUCCUUAAGCGGCCCUUCUUUGCUGGACGGGAGAUCUCCCUUGGUGGCUGGUGGAACUCCUCCAAAGCCUGUAGUUCCAACACAUAAAGAUAAAGGUGGUGCCCCACCAGUUAGAAGUAUAUAUGAUGAAGUAGUUAGCCCUGGCCUGGGAUCAACACCCUUGUCUUCAAGAAGACCAGCCAGUUUUUCUGUAUUACAGAGCCCAGUUAUUGGAGCUAUACCAACAACUCCAGGAACAGGUGCAAAUGUGUUCAGCCCAGCAAGUCUUGCACAACCCAGGAAAACAGCAAUGUCUCCAGCUCAGCUAGAUCCAUUCUAUACUCAAGGAGACGCUCUAACAUCAGAAGAUCAUCUGGAUGACACUUGGGUAACUGUGUUUGGGUUUCCACAAGCAUCAGCUUCGUAUAUACUACUACAGUUUGCACAGUAUGGGAACAUCUUAAAGCAUGUGAUGUCUAACACAGGAAACUGGAUGCAUAUUCGGUAUCAGUCAAAACUUCAAGCCCGGAAAGCCUUGAGCAAAGACGGAAGAAUUUUUGGUGAAUCUAUCAUGAUUGGAGUGAAACCUUGUAUAGAUAAAAGUGUGAUGGAAAUCAUGGAUAGAAGCUCCACAUCAUCCCCAAGCUCAGUCUUUACGCCUCCAGUGAAAGCACCAGGCACACCGGUCCAGCCUUCGAGUACACAGCGGAUUUCCACUAUGAGGCCUCUUGCUACAGCGUAUAAAGCUUCGAGCAGUGACUACCAGGUGGUUUCUGACAGACAGACUCCAAGGAAAGAUGAAAGCAUUGUGUCCAAAGCUCUGGAAUACAUGUUUGGCUGGUAGUCCAAAUCAAACUGAGUAAAUGUGUCUAGAGCCUAUAACAGACUGCCAGCGUUUCUGGUUAGUUGUAUAACCAUCGGUGGUAGCACUUCAGACAUUAGCGUUGCCUUCUGAGCUGAAUUUGGCACACAUGUAAUAUGCACUUUAACCAACAUCUGGUUCUACACUUGAUUCCUAAGAGAUUGAAUGUUUGCUUGUCUGUUCUUUGGUCUGUCUGCUAUGGAGAUUGCAUGAAUGGGUGAAACUGACUUGUAAGAAAGAAAAAAGUCAUUGGUUUCAGGUCAUGACAGCACUGCAUGGUUUCCCAGUUGCAUGGUUCUCUUUCUGUCUGGAAGAGUUAUAUGGUUAGCUGGAGGAUAUGCUGUGUAGAGACUGAGAUACACUGCAUGAAGGGACAUUGUCGGUUUUAAACCAAAUAUUGUCGUUUGAAUGCUCUCCCCUACAUAAUCGGUGUUUGUAUAAACUUUGGUCAGGUUGAUUCUAAAUGUACCAAUGUUCCAAAAUGUUUUUAAAAACGCUUUCUUAAUAAAAAUUGUGGUGCUACA